AAUGAGAUCGCGUCGUGAUCUAUCGUUCGAAUCUCCAGUGUCAGCAAAUCGCAAAUCCGCCCGCCAUCGCGUCAUCCGUUGGGUUCACGGCGAACCCGGCGGUGCCCGGGGUGCGGUGCGCAUAUAAAAGCUCACGAUUUUUGGACGGUCGUUGCAUUUGUGAACUUGAACGCACACACACAAUCGACAUGUUCGUAAAACUGGUUGUAGUAGCUUGCUCUGUAGCGCUAGCAUCAGCGGCGUACAAUGGACCUCUUGCAGGAGGUCAACCCGCCCACCUCUUCCCUGCGGGAGUUGACCCCAAGGCAUGCCCUAACUUCCCCAACUGUGAAAACCCUGCUGUGGCUGUGAAUCAAGUGCCUGCUACCCAGUUCCAGAGACAAUACCAACCACAAGCGUACGAGCCCAGAUACCAAGCCCAACCUCAGUUCCAGCCACAACAGUACCAGGCUCAGCCCCAAUACCAACCCCAGCAGUACCAAGCACAACCUCAGUACCAAGCGUACCAACCUCAACCUCAGCAGUAUGCUCCACAACCAGCUGCUCAACAGCAGUACCCUCCAGAAAUCCAGAAUGCCUUGGACAGAGGAGAAUACAUUGGUGAUGGAGACUACCAUGGCGAAGGUUUGGCCGAAGCACUUGCCCCAGAAUAUGCUGGUGAGUACGUGGGCAGUGAUGGGCGCAUCACGUAAAAUUCACCAUUGUAUACGCGUAUAGAAUUAUAAUUGUAUAAGUCUUGAUAUUCAUGUAGCCAAUGUGAAUAGCAAAUAAUAGUUCAAUUAAGUAUCUUGCAUAUAUGUAACACCUGUGAAAGUGGUUUUUGAAUAAUUAUAGAUAUUUAUUAUUUAUACACCUAUAUCUCGUGUUCAUAUCGUACAUUUGACCAUUUCAUGAAAUGGCCUUCUACAGGGUGCGGCAGAGAGGAUGGACGGUUUUAAAAAAAUCAUAAAAUAGUUAAUUUUUACUCGAAAACAAAUUUAUUGGUGGAAUCAGGUUCACAAGGAAAUAGCAUGUGAGACAGUCAAGUGUGGAAAAUCACAUCAGGCAUGUGGUGGCCGAAAUCGUUGAUGCAGUGCUGGAGG